CAACACCAAAUAGAUCUUGCAGAGGGACAAAAUCGUAGCAAAAAAGAAGCCAAUAAGAACAAGAACCCAGAAAACCCAAAGAUAAUCUCAUAGUCUUCUUGUUACUCUACUCCGCUCGCUAACAUUAUCAUCUUUCUCAUCUCAUCUUAGCCACCUGUGUGGAAUCCAUGGCCGCCCACACAAUAUUCACCACCACCACCAGCACUACCAAUUCUUUGUUAUUCUCAAUCGCUGCCCCUAACACCAACCCCUCUCCUUCACUUCACUCUUCUUUCCACGGUGUUUCCCUCAAUCUCAAGUCAAAGACUCCCCAAUCUUUGACACUUUCUGCUGCCACUGCUCCUAAACUUCUCACUGUUUUUGCUGCUACUAAGAAAGCUGUUGCUGUCCUUAAGGGAAAUUCCAAUGUUGAGGGCGUUGUCACUCUCUCCCAAGAUGAUGAUGGUCCAACCACUGUGAAAGUUCGCAUAACUGGACUUACACCUGGACUUCAUGGAUUCCAUUUACACGAGUUCGGUGACACUACAAACGGGUGUAUGUCUACAGGACCCCAUUUCAAUCCUGAUGGCAAGACACAUGGAGCUCCUGAAGAUGAAAUCCGUCAUGCGGGUGACCUGGGAAACAUAGUGGCCAAUGCCGAUGGUGUGGCUGAAGCAACAAUUGUAGAUAAUCAGAUACCAUUGACUGGUCCAAAUUCAGUUAUUGGAAGAGCACUUGUGGUUCACGAGCUUGAGGAUGACCUUGGAAAGGGUGGCCAUGAACUCAGCCUUACCACUGGGAAUGCUGGUGGACGAUUGGCAUGUGGCAUACUUGGUUUGACUCCAAUAUGAAGUAAUCAAGGUAACAGUAUAAUUGAUUGUUAUCUCCUCCCCAGGUUCGGAAUAAAGCUCUUCUACAUGAGUGUGUUCUGAGAUAUUCUUGAUGGUCUAACUUUGAACAUGUAUGUACUCUUGCCAAAUGUAGCGCAACACUUUUUUCUUCAAUACACUGGAAUUAAGUAGCUAUUUUAGCAUCCCUUGAGUUUUGGCUAUCAAAAAUAGUUCUUUUCAUUCCUAA